AUGGGCGGCUUCGACGGCGCAUCCGACGCCGCGCACAGCAACGGCUACCACCACCAGCAGACGCCGUCGCUCGACAGCCUCUCCGGCAGCGUCAGGCACGACGAGGACUCGCCCAGCCGCCAGACGCCGCCCGUCGGGGGCCCCUCGUCGCUGUCGAGACCGGCCAGCGGCCUCUCGAACCCGGCGGCGCCAUCGUACAACGACUACCGGCCGAGCUCUGGCGACCAGUCCAACGGCCGCAACCACGUCGUGAUCAAGGUCGGCAUGGUGGGCGAUGCGCAGAUUGGCAAGACGUCGCUCAUGGUCAAGUACGUCGAGGGCAGCUGGGACGAGGACUACAUCCAGACGCUGGGCGUCAACUUCAUGGAGAAGACCAUUUCCAUCCGCAACACCGAAAUCACCUUUUCCAUCUGGGACCUGGGCGGCCAGCGCGAGUUUGUCAACAUGCUGCCGCUGGUGUGCAACGACGCCGUCGCCAUCCUCUUCAUGUUUGACCUGACGCGCAAGAGCACGCUCAACAGCAUCAAGGAGUGGUAUCGCCAGGGGCGCGGAUUCAACAAGACGGCUAUCCCCGUCUUGGUCGGCACCAAGUACGACCACUUUGUCAACUUUCCCAUCCAGGACCAGGAGGAGAUUUCCAAUCAGGCGAGACGGUUUGCCAAGGCCAUGCGCGCAUCAUUAAUCUUUUCAAGUACAAGCCACAGUAUCAACGUACAAAAGAUUUUCAAAAUUGUUCUUUCAAAAGCGUUCGAUCUCAAAUGCACCAUUCCCGAAAUCGAAAAUGUCGGCGAGCCCUUGUUAUUAUAUCAGUCUGUCUGA